AUGUCGCAGAGGUCAGGAAGGCACCAGAGGCGGGCGUCGCAGAGCGUGUUCGUGCUGCCGGAGAACUUCGCCCUGGAGGACGUGCCGGCGGCCGUGGCCGAGGGCGGCGGCGUCGAGCAGCGGAAGCCCGCGGCCGCGGACGGCUCCGAGCUGCAGGCGGCGAGGCAGGCGGGGCGCCACCGGCGGGCCAUGUCCAUGGCCGUCGCCUCCCGGGACCUGGAGAUGAUCUCGGAGGACAUUGGGAGCUACAAGUACGGCGCGUAG